AUAAAAAUCAUAUGUUACUGACAGCGCUGACAGCAUUUUGAAUGGUCAAUGCUGUGAGUUUAAAGUUCUAAUUUUGCAUUUUCUCAAUAAAGUAGAAAAUUGGAGCUGGAUUUGGGAAAAACAGAGUAGUCAGGAAACAGAAAAUGUCGGAAAAUUCAGUUUUUUCUGGGAAAAAUUAAAGGAAAUUGUCUGUUAGAUUGAAUUUCUGUGAAAAUCGCCUGAAAAUUGGGUGUGGACAUUGGCAGAAUUGUCCAAGACUGUUCCGCAGAUGGGAGUGAAGAUUUGUUAAAGGGGUUUAUUUGGACGGCGUAAAAAUGUCUGCUGAAAGUGUAAUUGCUUGAAUUAAACGCAGUUUUGUACAUAUUUGAUGGGCAAUUUAGGCUGUAGAAUCAAUGGAAAUUCACCAGUAGUAUACAGUGCAUCACGUACCAGUGGGAGUGAGUCUGAUAACUGCAUCAAUUACACCAAAAGAUCAACUUCUCUCACUCAGAACGGACUCUACAGGUUUUGCUCUUCCCCUUCAUUGGCGUUCCGCAAUCGCCUCAGUUCCAGAUCUUGCAAUAACAUCUUGUCCACAUUUCCAAGAAGUGACUCGUCCAAGUCACACAAUCAAGACUUGAUUCUGUCCAAGAGUUCCUGGCCAGUGGCUCAGCGGGAACAUCUCUUUCUGCCCCACUUCAAGAUCCACCGUGGUCCAGAGGAUCAGAAGUACAUAACAUCGCGCUACUUGGCAUCCGGGGGCUACGGCAAGGUUUACAGUGUCGUGGAGAAGGAUACGUGCAAGGAGUACGCCCUCAAAGUCCUCAGCAAAUCCCAAAUCAUCAAGGACAAUGAACUGAAGCAGCUGCGGGACGAAGUGGACAUCCAAUCGCGCUGUGGACAUCAUCCUUUCAUCGUUGAAUGCCUGUCCUACUGGCAGAAUCGCAAGAACAUCUACAUUUUGUGUGAAUUUGUUCCUCGUGGUGAAUUGUUUGAUGCUGUAACAACAUUCUGCUACAAUUUGGUGCAGAUCUAUGUUGCAGAAAUUGGUUUAGCAUUAGAUUUUUUACACAAUGCUGGAGUCAUCUAUCGUGACCUCAAGCCUGACAAUAUUCUAGUUGAUGCUGACUAUCACAUUAAACUGACGGACUUUGGAUUGAGUGCGUGGCUGAAGAUUGGUGACAGGACACGCACAAUGUGUGGAACGGCAAAGUACAUGGCACCAGAAAUUCUCUGCGCACAACCCUAUGGUCAUUCUGUGGAUUGGUGGUCCCUCGGAGUUGUUGCCUGUCUCAUGCUGACUGAUAAGUAUCCAAUCGUGGAAAGGGGAAAUGCGCCAUUGGUGGCGGGAAAUGGAGUGUGCCAUAUGCAAGUUUGUUGUCCCAAGAAGUCCCCGGAGGAAUUUGCAGCCGAAGAGGAGCAAUUGAGUGUGAAUUUUCCGAAGGAAAUUGUUAAUAUUCCACCGCAAGCGAAGGAUCUCUUGGAGCGACUACUUACAGUGAAUUCUCAAAAGAGGAUAAAGUCAGUUUUGGGUCUGGAGCGAAUUGCCAUGUUUAUGAAUUUUUCUUUUGACGAUUGCAAGCAGAGGAAAAUGAAGCCAAGCAGUUUUAUCUACAAACACCGUGAGUCAUUCCAUUGAAAGAAAUCCAAAUAAGCUUCCCACGUCGUAUUAUAUUAGUUUGUUGUUAAUCAAUUAGUGUGAAUUAAUUGAGAAUGUAAAUUUCUUGUUAUAUUUUAUUCACUGUCGCGCCAUAAACUUCUUUCAUUCAUUAAAAAUGAAACUGUUGUGAA